GGCCGAAUCGGAGAGAAUAUCCCCCCGAUACGCUAUAUGACGAUUGAUCUGAAGUUCACUCCGCUCUGCUACAGGGACCACAAUCAGCGCUUUCUUCAGCUUGUCGCUAAGAUGGCCAAGCCACCGAAGGGCAAGGGUGAGCCAGUGACCGUGGAUAAUCCCCAGUCGGAGGGCGGCCAUCGUGACUGGGGUUUGAUCCGCCUCCUGAGCCUUCUGUCCUUCAGCCCCCAGUUGGAGAGAUUCGUCUCCCGUGUUGGGGUGGAGAAAACUGUUGUGUCGAAGGUGUCCCGAUACCUGACCCGGGCAGACGGGGGUUUUGCGGCCUAUUGGCACUACUCUACACGUGAACCAUCCGACACGGUGCCUCUGACGCGGUUUGCCCAAGCCAAAUACUUGUUGAGUGAGAGUCCCAAGCUACGGUACAUAUUUCGGAUCCUCCAGGAGCAGGGGAUGUUUGACGCUCUGCGUGACGGCCGUCGGCUCCCCCGUUUCUUGAUCUUCUGCCAGAAUCCUUUAACCACGUGGGUGGUUAGUAUGCUGCUGGAAAGCCUUGGUGUACCUACCCUAGCGAUCCGCAGCACGACUACCACCGAGGCCCGGGCGGCGAUUGCCCGCAAGUUUUGUGAGAGAGACGCUCGUGUCGGGGCCCUCGUCACCACAUAUGCCUGUGGCGCAUAUGGGCUGAACUUACACAGCCAGUCUUCGAGGGUCAUCUGCGUCGAGUCACCGCAGAAUCUCGCCGGGAUUUGGCAGGGCGGCGGCCGCGUCCAUCGGGUGGGACAAGCAGAGCCCCAGCGGGUCUGGAUUUUGUUUCUGGAUCACACGAUCCAGCGCUGGCUGGAGUGGAAUAACAUGCAGAAGGCACUUCCCGAGGUUGCGGGCGUCCUUUACGGCGCGUUGCGUGGGCUUCUGGCGACCGGCACACCUCCCGGGGGGAACGAUGACGACGAAUCGGUUGAUGGGGAG